AUGAUUCGUGCUCGUUUUAGUAGAUCUUUCACUGUUUGCGCCAGAUUGGCCAAGUGGAACGAUGUCCCCUUGGCUCCUCCAGACAAAAUCUUGGGUAUUUCUGAAGCGUUUGUCAAGGACCUGAACCCAAAGAAAAUCAACUUGGGCGUGGGCGCCUACAGAGACGGCAAGGGCAAGCCAAUUGUGUUUCCCUCGGUGAAAAAGGCCGAAACGGUGCUUUUGGAAAACGAAACAAACAAGGAGUACACGGGCAUCACCGGUUCCAAAACGUACCAGGAUGCGGUGAGGCAGUUUAUCUUCAACAACUCCAACAAGGACGCCAACGGAGCCCAAUUGAUCAAGGAGGGAAGAAUCGUGACCGCCCAGACUAUCUCGGGUACCGGCUCGCUCCGUGUGAUUGCCGAUUUCUUGAACAGAUUCUACUCGUCCAAGAACAUCUUUGUGCCCAAGCCAACAUGGGCGAACCACGUUGCUGUGUUCACCGACGCCGGCUUGAAGGCAGACUUCUACGCCUACUACGACGUGAAGAACAACGGCUUGGACUUUGCCAACUUGAAGAAGUCGGUGGCCGCUGCUCCCGAGGAGUCGGUGAUUUUGUUGCACGCCUGCUGCCACAAUCCUACCGGUAUGGACUUGACGGCUGAGGAAUGGGAAGAAGUUUUGGAAAUCAUCCAGCAGAGAAAGCUUUUCCCUCUUGUGGACAUGGCGUACCAGGGGUUCGCCUCGGGCAACACCUACGAGGACAUUGGUUUGAUCAGAAGAUUGAACGAGUUGGUUGUGGAAGGUAAGAUUCCAACCUACGCCUUGUGCCAGUCUUUUGCUAAGAACAUGGGCUUGUACGGUGAGAGAACCGGGUCCAUCUCGAUCAUCACAGAGUCUGCUGAGCACUCUAAGGCCAUUGAGUCGCAGCUCAAGAAGUUGAUCAGACCCAUCUACUCCAACCCACCUAUCCACGGCUCCAGAAUCGUUGAGACCAUCUUCGCCAACGAGAACUUGUACCAGGAGUGGUUGAGCGACUUGGACCAGGUGGUGGGCCGUUUGAACGUGAUCAGAGACAAGUUGUACCAGAAGUUGGACAAGUCCAACUACAACUGGGACCACUUGUUGAAGCAGAGAGGUAUGUUCAUCUACACCGGGUUGAGCGCUGAGCAGGUGAUUGAAUUGAGAGAGAAGUACUCUGUGUACGCUACCGAGGAUGGCCGUUUCUCCAUUUCUGGUGUGAACGAAGACAACGUUGACUACUUGGCUGACGCCAUCAACCAGGUGAUCAAGAAAUAA